AUGAGCGUUACUAUUAGGGCUGCGUUUUGGGUGUUUACAUUUGGAGGCCUCGGUUUAGCACUGUACAAGGUGGUCAAACCUGAUGAUGAACUCCUCAAAAAGUUUGACGAAGGUUCAAAACACACAGACACUAGAAAGUUUUCCCGUGAUACAAUAACUAUUUUGCAAGAAGCUACCAAUCAGAAUUCAGAAUUAAAAAGAUUAUGUAAAAGAGAUGCACAGAGAUUAGAAAAGAUUCAAAAGGCACACAGAGCAAGGGAAGAGGUAAAUGUUAGUAAUGAAAAUGAGGAUUAUUUUUCUGGAGCUUUCAAAAUUAAAUCUGAGUUUAUUGAAGAUUUACUCACCCAAGUACCAACUUUAGAAAUAAGUACGCUCCCGUCCCAUUUUGACAAUAUCAAAAGAGAAGUGAAUGAUUUACAGAAAUAUGUGGUCACAUCAUCAUUUUUCCUUAAAGAGUUCAAUAUGAGAAAGUAUUUAGGAAUUGUUCAGAACUUACAAACCAAAUGUUACGAAUUGGAAGACAGGUAUGUACCACGUAAGAAAUUCGGCUUCACAAGAAAAAAACUACCAAAAUCGCACAGUGAAAAGCAGAGUUCUUUGGAUGAAAAUGAUGGAGCUGGAAAAACAGAUAGCAACAAGUGGGAUGACAAACUUUUUGGGUUUGAUUCCAAAGAGAAUGCAGUGCUAAUGUUGGAGAAUAAUGAGCUCUAUCAGAGGGACGUAGCCUUACGCAACUUGAAAAAUUGUACCAUCGGUCUCAAGGGGGUUAUGGGGACUUUACAUUUGACAAAUUUAGAUAAUUGUGUUAUUUUAACUGGACCAGUCACAUCAUCUGUCUUUGUUGAGAAGUGUACUCGCUGCAAGAUAGUUACAGCGUGUCAACAACUAAGAAUGCACACCUCUAGUAAAUGUGACAUUUACUUACAUGUGACUAGUAAAGGUAUUGUUGAAGACUGUAUAGAAAUUAGGACUGCCCCAUACAACUUGUAUUAUCAAGAUUUGGAAAAACACUUCAAUAUGUCGUCUUUAGAUAAAAAUGUCAAUAAUUGGAACAGUCUCGAUGACUUUAAUUGGCUCGCUCCUGAUAUACCUUCACCUAAUUGGUCAACAUUGGAGCCUACGCAGAGAAUAACUAAUUGGAAUGACUUGUGGGUAAAGGUGCCAUCGUAAUAUAAAUGUACACAUAAAAAUGUAAACAUUAGGCUCAAGAAAUAUAAUCGUUACUGAAUACCCAUAUUUUUAUGAGAAGUGAUUAAAAUUGUCUGGAAUUUAGUAUGUGAUAAUUUUAUUAAUUAAAUAGUAAUGAAUAUUGGAGACAAUUAUACAUGUAUCAAUUGAAAUAUCUGAAAAUAUUGAUAUGAAGAAAUUAUACGCGGGAAGAAUCAUAUGCUUGAAUUUCAAGCAAAUAAUUGUAAUUUAUUUAGCAUUCUAAUUUUUCAUUACUGACAAGUAACCUUGCCUUCUAAUAUAACAAUAAAAAUGUUUACAUUAUACAACAUUAAUGAUAAAACUUAAUUACGCAAUGUGUAUAAAGAUGUAGUUAAAACAUUUGUGCAAUCUCGAUUAAAAUAAUAAUUCUAUAAAAUAGAUAUUUAACUCAAAAUGCACUAGUGAACAUGUAAUAUGUUAUUGUUAAACUAUAACAACGGUAACUGCUUAGAAUACUUUAGCAUUUAUUAUAUUGUAAUAA